AUGGCGCGGGGCUGUGUCAAGCUUUCAAAGGCCCAGAAGGCUCGCAACCGGGAAGCAACCACGCGCAGUCUUGCAUCUCGCCGGGACCGCAAAGAUGCAGCGAAGCCUUUCGCAGACUCGAUUGAGCUGUUGCAACAGGACUGCGCUGAUGCUAAGCAUAAGCUCUCGGCUGCAAAAGCAGAGGGCCAGCGGAGCAAGGCUGCAGCUAAGUCGGCUGUGACAGCUGCGAAGCGAGACAAGUACAACGCAGAACGCCGUAUUCAUCGGCUCGAGGCCAAACUCGCUGAGCGAGAACUUAACACUACGGCAGUACCAACCUCUCUUUAUCCCAGCACUACAUUCAUUCCCUCUCCAUUUCCUCCCAUUGCCAGCACAUCGACCUCAGUGGCCACGAGUCACUCUGACUCGGAGGCCGGCGCAUCUCAGGCUGGCACAACUUCGACCUCGCUGUUCCACGAAACCGCUGCGACGACGCCUCAGGCUGCCACCUAUGGUAUGCCGACUUCUGAUCUGGUUACGAUUCCUUGCACACAGUUGGUCGCUUUGCGGAAGGAGCGAAAGAAGCUCCUUCGCCAGGUUGAGUGCUUCCGUAAACGUUGCGAGCAGGACAAGCUUGCUCUUUCAGAACUUCGUGGACAGCUUCGGGAACGCCCACUGAAGCGUAUCUUCCCAUACAAGACCAAGAGUGGCAUGAUCACGGAGGACACACGCACGAUGAUACGAGAGUUGGUUGCGCUUGGUGUCCCACAUGCGAAGGUCAAGGAUGCAUCCCAGAUCGUCCUCGCUGCUGCAGGGUAUGCGACAGAUGGUGAUUUUGAUCGGCACUCGAUAUCGCGCAUUGUACGGGAGGGCUAUGUGGCGGCAGCUAUGCAUGUCAUGUAUGAGGUUUCCGAGGCAGAUAUUGACUUGGACAGGCAGAGGCUUGGACGCAAACUCGAUCGCGCCGGCCUCGGCAAGAAGAAGCGCAAUGCACUCAUGCUUGCAAAACGUGCACGCGUUCAUAGGCACCGCGAGAAACGCGAUCUUCGUGUCGCUGCGCAAGAGAAGAAGAACGCGGUCAUUGAUGGUGUUACCCCGAUCCUCGAUGCCAAUUACUGGAGCACUGUCGACAAGCGCACCAUCACAGUCGAUAAGCACAUCAAGCUGCAGCUAUACUGGCAUCAGCGGGCCAAUCCCGGUGCCAAAGUCAAGGUCACUGGUAAGAAAGACCUUCUCAUCGAGGCCCUGAUCUCCGCAAUCGAGUACAAUAAUGCACAUAGCCCUAUAGCUAAUGACACCCCCAUUCCUUCAUCCCAAUCAUUAGAAUUACUUACUUCGAGCUCUAGUACAGCUACAGUACCUGACGACACGAUGGAAACCGACUCGGAGUAUGAGGAGGAGGAGCUCCUGCAGUCAUAA